AAGAAAAUGUCAUCCCGGUCCUUAACAAAGAUAAACAAGUUGGGGUUUAUGAAUGCACUCUCCUAUAUUGGCUUCUCACUCACAAGAAAAUCAAUCUCCCUUCCAUCAUCCUAAAACACAUGUACGAAUGCUCCGGUCGCCAAAACAAACCCUAUGGCAUGCUUCUCACCCACAUCUUUGCCAAGAGGGAAAUUCUUGAGUCCUGCGUCCGCUAUCUUGACGCGGAGUGCCUUGGCUAUUGUGGCCUUGUAAAGAUCGGAGAGGAGUAUUACAUGAAGAAAGAGUUUCAAAAUCUUGAUGAGGCAACACGAGCGGAGUAUGGUCCUCGGUGUUCCAUGUCAUCGUUGCCAUCCACUUCACGCGCACCCCAGGCCGAAGCCGAAGAAAAUGCAAACACGGAGGUCCCCGUUCAUGCUCCUCGGGUCAAACACUCAAAGUCGGCGUCUCAUGCUUCCUCGGCCUCUCUCAUGCAUCGUCACUCUCACAUGGCUUCCACUUCCAGAAAUCCCUUUAAGAAGUUCAAGAAGUUCAUCCUCAAGACCGUGGUGGCUCCGAUGAAGAAACUUCAAGAAAGCCUCGAUGACCUCUCGGAUCGCAUGAAGAAAAUGGAGGAUCGUGAGAAUCUCCAAAAGCAAAAUGAGGAUCGUGCUUCUAGACGUCGUCGCUAAGUGUUGAGCAUUUGACAAAAUGAUCAAACAUUCACUUAUCUAUGUUUUUCAAAACAAUUAUGUAUUUUGUUCUAUGU